GUGCUUUCUGAACGAAUCUCCCAUGAGCUUCAGAAAAGCACCAUUGUAUUGCGCAUGCAUAAGACACCGCGAGAGUUUCCGCGUACAGCCAAACGAAUCAGUUUCCAGGUUUCACGUCUGACUGACCCUAGCAGUAGCUUUUUCGUUUGUCCGCCAUUUUGCAUUCGAAGCCGCCUGCAAUCGAGACACACACACAACAAACGGCGAGGCAACGUGCUUCUAUUCGGACAGUUCCGUCAGUGAAUAAAACAAGCCUUUGGAGCAGUCUUUACUCCAACGUGAAAUCGGAAACCGCAUCUCAGCAUGCGACCCCUGCUACUACAGGGCCAUGAGAGGGCCAUCACUCAGAUCAAGUAUAACCGAGAAGGGGAUUUGAUCCUCACAGCAGCCAAGGACAAUAAACCCAACAUUUUCUUCUCCGCUAACGGGGAGCGCCUAGGGAAUUUGAUUGGACAUAAUGGUGCUGUCUGGUGCAUCGAUGUCAACUGGGACUCGACGCGCAUCAUAACCGGCGGUGGUGACGGUCAGCUCAAGCUCUGGGAUUUGGAAACUGGCGCAUGCAUCAGCACCAUCGAUAACACGACAUCAGCACGUACGUGCGCCUUCUCGUAUUCGGGUCGCUAUGUCAUGUACUCUACAGAUAACACUAUGGGCAAGGACUGCGAAAUCAGAAUCAUCGACUUCAACGACCCUCAGCAAGUUGCCGGUCAUGGACUCAUGAAAACAUCGGUCUGCACAUCCACUCAGAAGGGUAAAGUCACAGCAGCACUCUGGUGGAAUCUCGACGAUGGUAUCCUGACCGGACACGAGGACGGCUCUCUGUGCAUAUGGGAUCUCAGAAACGAUCUUGACAAAAUUCAACGGGUCAAGGCUCACCGCGGAAUCAUCAACGACAUGCAGUAUAACAAGGACUCCACAAUGGUCAUCACGGCGUCCAAAGACAACUCCGCCAUCGUGUUCGACAGCGACACGCUCGAGGAACUGAAGAAGUUCCCAACUGAGCGACCAGUGAACUCGGCGGCCAUCUCGCCCAUCUUCAACCAUGUACUCCUCGGAGGAGGUCAAGAAGCCCGAGAGGUGACGGUGACCUCGGCGAAGCAGGGUAAAUUCGACGCUCGUUUCUAUCACCUGAUCUUCGAGGAGGAGUUCGGGCGAGUGAAGGACCAUUUCGGUCCCAUCAAUUCCGUUGCCUUCCAUCCGGAUGGCAAGAGCUACGCAUCAGGGGGAGAAGACGGUUUCGUUCGAGUCCAUCAUUUCGACCAAACUUACUUCGAGUUAACAUUCGAAGGAGAAGACUUCACGCCUUUGGAAGGGGGGAACUACUAGAAUAAAAUUAUUUCAACUCUU